AUGUCUAUUGACCUCAAUUGGGAGACAUUGACUACGGGACCUGAUGGGAUUGCGCUCGCAGAAAAGAUUCGAGACUUUGUACAUGCCAAGUUCCAGACCGUGACCUUGCCCCGCUUCAUCAAGGGUGUCAAGGUUCACACUUUCGAUUUUGGUUCGAUUGCUCCAGAAGUUGAACUAAAAGAUAUUUGUGAUCCAUUGCCCGAUUUCUAUGAAGAUCUAGAUGAUGAUGAUGGGGGAAGCGAUGAAGAUGACGAGGGCUCUAAUAGUUGUCAAACAGACGAAGAGAAUGAGGCUGCAAAGACUCUGAGAGAGAGAAGGAAGAUGGAUCGUGUAGAGAGGACAGCUAAUGGUUCAUCAAAUGUAUCGAACCCUCCUUCAUAUACGGAUACACGAUAUCCUGGUUUACGAUCAAUGCAAGCUUCUGGUGACAACGGAAGUCCUUUUCUGGGUGUUAGUACACCUGGUAUUCCAGGUGGAACAUCAAAUCUGAGUUAUUUCCAUUCUCAAUUAGCUAGUGGAUUUUCCGGUACUCAAACCCCACUAGCCGCUGUUGCCGGUGCACACUUGCCCCAAGGAUGGCCGGACCGUCCUAGCCCAUCCCUACAUAUGUCGGCUCUCCGUAAUCAAUCUCAUACAUCUUUAUCCCACACGGCGAGUGAAAGGCCCAUGACCCCUCCACAGAUUGCGGAUCUAAGCCAGCAAUCCAUACGCGAAAAGGCCAGUGCAUCCACUCUUGCUGUCUCCUCUUCGACGACCGGACCCGUAACUCGAGGCGGCGCUACCGAGAAAACGAUCCCAGAAGAACAGACCAGUGAAGGCGAAGAGCCAACUUCACCACCACGAAGAUUUCGAGAGCCAAAACCGGAAGAUCUCCAAACCGUAUUCCGAGUGCGAUACUCCGGAAACAUCAGACUCUCACUCACCGUCGAUAUCUUGCUCGACUAUCCCAUGCCAAGCUUUGUAGGCAUUCCAGUAAGAUUGAAUAUCACGGGACUGUCUUUUGACGGAGUGGCCGUUUUGGCAUACAUCCGCAAGAGAGCUCAUUUCUGUUUUCUAUCGCCUGAAGAUGCUUAUGCUGCUAUUGGCGCAGAUGAGAAAGAGGCAGGUGGCUCUGGUGGUAUGAAAAUGGGGGCUCUUUUGCACGAGAUCAAGGUCGAGAGUGAAAUUGGACAAAGGGAGAAUGGCAAGCAAGUACUCAAGAAUGUAGGUAAGGUAGAAAAGUUUGUCCUUGAGCAAGUCAGACGCAUUUUCGAGGAUGAAUUUGUGUACCCUAGUUUCUGGACAUUUCUGGUAUAA